AUGUCCGAGGCAGCAGCAGCGCCGCCACCCCGGUCGAACGAAGCGCCUCCUGUCAAAAAAGACAAGAAGGCUGCCAAGGAGGCAAAGCGCGAGCGCCGUGCAGCUGCCAAGGUGGAUGCAACUGCCCAGCAGGCGCCCUCAACUGCCGCGAGCAAAGGUGCAUCGGCACGUCCGCCAGCGUCUGGACCCAAGGUCAAGGACACGGCUAUUUCCACAAAGGCGGUAACGGGAUCGCUGGACGAAGACCUCUCGACAGUUGGUGUACUGGGUGAUGCAUCGCUUUUCGGUAAUGUCACGCUUCCACGUAAUGCCCGAGUCAAUUCGGCUAGCUGGAGCUCUGCGCUCGCUCGCGGCGCGAUUCACCCUGCCGUGCUAGAUCUUUGCCACCAGAUCUCGACCUUUGCUAUUCGCGGUGCGAACAAACGCGCGAUUUCUGUGCUUAAGGCUCUCGCAGCUGUGAUCCAAGACUACAAAACGCCUUCUGGCGCUGUUCUGAAUCGUGAUCUACUGACAAGGGUGUCGCAACAAGUAGGGUUCAUCGUUGAAUCCCGCCCUCUGAACACGGCUACUGGGCAUGCCGUGCGAUUUUUGAAGUACGAAAUUAGUGUUGUGGAUGCGGGACUGAGUGAAGAUGAGGCGAAGGAACACCUCAUCGGCCGCAUUGAGCACUUCAUCCGGGAUAGGAUUGUAUACGCUGGCAAGGUCAUCCAGGCAAAUGCUGCCGCGAAAAUUCACCAUGGCGAUGUUGUACUGACUUACUCGCAUUCGUCGGUCAUUGAGGGCACGCUCCUUCAUGCCCACAACCAUGGCGUCAAGUUCGAGGUAAUUGUAAUCGACUCGCGACCACUCUUUGAAGGCCGUCUCAUGGCCGAGCGUCUAUUGGAAGCAGGCAUACCAACUACGUACGGUGUUCUUACGUCUCUCAGUACACUUAUGCCGCGUGCCUCGCUCGUGCUCCUUGGCACGUCAGCCCUUCUAUCGAAUGGUGCGCCGUACGCACAGUCUGGCACGGCCAUGUGUGCUAUGAUGGCGCAUGGGUUCGACGUACCCGUCAUUAUUUGCUGCGAGACGUACAAGUUCAGCGAUCGCAUUCAACUCGACAGUUUUGUGGUCAAUGAGGCCGGACAAAGCAGCGAACUACUGUCUCAUGAAGACGACAACACCGAGACCGAUAGUGUCUUGCUCACGCGCAGCGAAUGCAGUACCCAGUCCCGACUUAAAGUCGUGCAGCUUCUGCAUGAUGUGACACCGCCACGCUACGUCAGCGCGAUCGCAUCCGAAGUGGGUCUGAGCGGCACGGAGAGCGUAGGCGUCAUCUUGCGUGACUACAAGAGUGUCUUAUUUGGUGUGUAA